CACAUUUUUCAAAUCUUUUAUCACUAUUUAGCAGUGCAUUAUUGUGUUUGAUUCUUUGUUAAUCCGUCAAAAAUGGAGAGUGAGGCUCUGAGGCGCAGGCUCAACACGAUCGCUUCUCACUUUGCUCACUGCGAUGAUUCCAGAUCCGCCACAAAUGUCCUCCCACUGAACUGCAGCAGUAGUUUAAAUUCUGUCAUCCAAAGGUGUGAUAACAGAAUGUACUUUGCACGCCAAGCAUCUGCUACCCAGAGUUGUUUCAUGAGACAGGCUUCAAGCGAACAGACUUUCCAAAGUAUCCCAAAGUGCUAUGGUACCACACUGGAUAAGUGGUGUAAUGCUACAGAAGAGCCAUUAUUUUCUAGACCUGCAAGGUUGGCACCAACAUUCUCAAAUACUGCAGCAACCAAGACUUUGGGACAGGAUUGCAGAUCACUUACAUCUGACCUUCCUAAGUUUGCUAGACCAGAUACAAGCAAUAAAGAUGGAGCAAGGCAAUUUUGUUCAGAGGAGAAGAUAUAUUCAUCUGAACCUAAUGGAACCAAAUGGUCCCCAAGGAUGGAUGUUGCAGAAUCUGGACGAACUUAUGUUAUGACAGUAGAAAUCCCAGGGGUCAGCAUCACUGAUAUCAGGGUAGAGGUUGAUGAUCAAAAAUUGAUUGUGAGUGGUCAACGUUCUACCCAGUGCUAUAAGGUAACAGGUUUGUCAAAUGAUUCAAUCUCUGCAUAUCAUAAGAAAGAGAUUGUGCGAGGGCCUUACCAGGUUGUGUGGCCACUUCCAACUAAUGUGAACAAGGACAGUAUUUAUGCAGAGUUUCUGGAUGGAUUUCUUAAAAUUAUUGUUCCUAAAUUUUGAGGUUUAUCGGUGGCAGAGGAUUCAAAUGUUUGUGGGUCUAUGCAUGAGAAUUUCUAUACAUGCUGCUAAGGAGACGAUGCUAUACAUAUUGAGUUUUUAUAUAUACAUAUUCAUGCUAUAGAAUAACAAAGUCAUGAACUAUCUGUCAUGGCUUUUGUUUACAUGUAAAAUUUGAACCCAGGGCCUUGAAGUGAAUGAUGUUAAAGAACUAGUGAAAUAUACAUGUGAAGAAGUCCUUUUAAGGUGAGAUUGUAUUACCUUAUAUGAUAUAGCUAUUCAGGUAUAAAGUAUAUUUCAUGAUAAA